UCUGGUCCGCCCCAAGAUAAUCCAGCACGUUGCUCGCAGCCUGAACGGCUCUCUGUCCUGCUUGUAAAUUGUCGCAGCAUAAAGAACAAAGUCGAUAGCUUCAUCUCUUUAGUAGCCACUGUUAAACCUCAGAUCGUGAUGGGCACCGAAUCAUGGUUAGACAAGACGAUAACUAAUGUAGAAAUCUUUCCACCUGGUUUUACUGUUUAUCGGAACGAUAGGCAUGGGCAUGGCGGGGGAGUAUUUAUUUUGAUAUCAAAUGCAUUGUCAAGUACACAAAUUUUAUUUGAAAACGAUUCUGAGUCUGUAUGGUGCCUUGUGAAAUUACCUAAAGGAAACAAUGUUGUGUACGGGACAUUCUACCGCCCACCCGGCAGCAGCGACUCAUUCGGACUGCUGUCUGAGAUGCUAUCUCUUGUGCCUAAUAGCGUAUUUUUGGGGGGUGAUUUCAAUUUGCCUGACUUCAACUGGAAUGCCGGAUGUGUGGCUGGUAAUAGGUCCCGUAUUUACACAGAGUUCGAAGAACUGGUCGGAUUAAAUGGAUUGCAGCAGUACGUACUGGAACCUACGCUAGAAAAUGCAAUUUUAGACUUAGUACUUUGCAAUGAGCCGAACUUAGUAUCAAAAGUUACUGUUUGUCCAGGUAUUAGUGACCACAGGGCAGUUGUCAUAGAACUUAACGUUUAGCGGGUACGGAUGCCGCAAAUUCCGCAAAGAAAAGUGUACAGCUACGACAGAGGAGACUAUGCCGCUAUUAGGACCGAACUUGAAAAUUUCUUUCCUACUUUCCAGUAUCUUUCAAA